AUGUCGGCUAUAUAUUUAACAGAUGCUCCAGUGAGGAGACAACAUACAUCUGGUAAUCCGUUAUUGAGAAAGAUUCAACGUGCUUGUAGAAUCUCUCUUACAGAACCGGAUUUAGCUUUAAAUCUUGACGUUGCAGAUUAUAUUAAUGAAAAACAAGGUGCUACUUCAAGAGAUGCUAUAAUUACAAUUGCUAGAUUAAUCAACACCAGAGAUACACACACUGCGGUGUUUGCGAUUGCAUUGUUGGACGUUUUAGUCAAAAAUUGUGGUUAUCCAGUACAUUUACAAAUUUCUAGGAAAGAGUUCUUGAAUGAAUUAGUUAAAAGAUUCCCAGAACAUCCACCUUUACGUUAUUCAAAAGUACAAAGACUGAUUUUAACUGCUAUUGAAGAAUGGUAUCAAACUCUAUGCAAGCAUGCAUCCUAUAAGGAUGAUCUAGGUUUCAUCAGAGAUAUGCAUAGGCUAUUAAAAUAUAAAGGUUACGUAUUUCCAAAAUUAGAUGAAUCUCAAUUAUCUGUUUUAAAACCAAAUAAUAAUUUAAAGACAGCAAGUGAGAUUCAGAAAGAGCAAGAGAUUGCACAAGCUGCCAAACUAGAAGAAUUGAUCAGACGUGGUAAACCUGAAGAUUUAAAGGAAGCAAAUAAAUUAAUGAAAAUUAUGGCAGGUUUUAAGGAAGAUAAUGUUGUUGAAGCCAAGCAAGCUGUUGUUCAUGAAUUAAACAAGUUAAAACGUAAAGCUGAUUUAUUAAAUGAAAUGUUGAACUCUGGGGAUUUAGAUUUGAACAAUGAAACUAUACAGGAAUUAUACGGCUCUUUAAAGUCCGCUCAACCUAAAUUUCAAAAAAUCAUUGAAGAAGAACAAGAUGAAGAUAAUGGAUUAGUUCAAGAUUUGUUAAAAUUCAAUGAUAAUGUUAACCAAAUCCUGGAAAAAUUCACAUUAUUAAAGUCCGGUGACUCUCAAGGAGCAUCUCAAAUUAAUCCCGAAAAUUUAUCUACUGCUAUUCAAAUGAAUCAGGGCGGUGCUUUGGCAAAUGAAAUUAAUUUAUUGGAUUUUGAUGAUAAUACCGAAUCUUCUUCGCCUGCUCCAGAAUCUAUGACUACAAACACUCAACCAGUGGAUCCUUUAACGGAUCUGCUAGGUGAUCUAAAUGACUUAAAUAUAACAACACCUGCAGCAAGUACACCGAACUUUGGUUUAGGUGGUGAUAUAUCAUUAGGCAGUGCUCAACCAACUUCUGCAGUCACUAACUCCACCGCUGCUCAAAGCGAUGCAUUCGAUUUAUUAGGUGAUUUUUCAUCUUCGAUUCCUCCAACUUCCGCUCAAACUCAAUCAAGAGUGCUAGUUAAUCAAUCUGAGAAUGUUAAGUUUGAAUUCGAAGUUGUAAGAGAAAAUCAAAACUCAUUGAAGAUCAAGUCAUUUUUUUCUAAUUUAAGUUCUUCUCCACUUACCGAAGUUGCUGUUCUGUUAGCUGCCCCAAAAACAAUGAGUUUAAGGUUAAACCCACAAUCAUCCAGCACUUUACGGAGCUUUAUAAAUGAUGGUAUUACUCAAAGCAUUUGGAUUGACAAUGCCCAAGCUAAUGCACCAAAACCUGUAAAAUUGAAAUGGAAAGUUUCAUAUAAAAUUAAUGGUUCUCCUGUAGAAGAAACUGCCGUUUUCACUUUGCCAAACAUUUAG